AUGGUCGAUUACAGAGAGUUCGACUUCCCAGCCGAACUGUGCUGUUCGCCCAGCCCGCUGAUCGCCAUUGCCGGCCUGGAUACAGUGAACAAUACCAUCCAUAGGACAAUUUGGGAUGCUUUUCACAGUCCCAUAGGCCGUGAAAGUCGAGCUGUUUUAAAUUUUUUCCACCUCACGUCUGAGUACAAGUUUCCUAAUCUAAGCGAAAAGCGGGUGAUGCCUUAUAUUCCAAAAGGUAUACUCAAAAGGAAUUGGUUGGAAAAACAUAUCCAUUAUGAUCCUGCCGUUGUAGUAAUUUUUUACGACUGUGAUUGGGAUGACGAAUCAUGGAAUGAAAAAAUCAGCGAGUGUUCGUCCAGAGUGCAAUCAAUUAGGUUGUCUCUGGAAGGAAGAAAAUCAAGAAUAGUUGUAGUAUUGAUACAAAAACUAAUGCCUGCAGUUGAUGAUACUAUUACUACUGAGAGAGCUGCAUCACUGUGUGAAGCUUGUACUUUGAAUCCAAAAGCUUUAUUUAUACUUCCAGUAGUAGACAAUAUCCAUGGCUAUGCUAUAAGGUUGGAAAAUGCAUUCUACGACCUGGCGCAGAAUUAUUAUCAACAACAAAUCAGAUCAGUUAAGUCAAAAUUAGAAAAUUUAAGCAAAACCAGUCAUCAAUAUUUAAUUGUUCGUUAUUCAUUCAAAAUUGGAUUUUAUAACGAACUUAGACAAGACCAUCAUAAUGCUCAUAAGCACUAUCAUCAGUGUUAUAUGUCUUUAUUAGAAAUACGCACUUUUGAUACGAACAUCUAUGAAGUGAAAGUUGUUGCUGCUUACAUUAUAUACAAAAUAAGCAGAUUGUUAUUUGCAAUGAAGAGAGCUCGAGAUGCAUUGACUCAGUUUAAUUCUCAUGUAAAUGUAUUUAAAUCGAUGAUAGGACCUCCAGAAUUGAUGUUUGAGCACUAUUCUUGGUUAUCAAAACAAUUUUCAAUGUUUGCAUCAUUAUUUGAUGAAACAACAGCUGAAAGUUUCACUGCUACUCAAGCAUUAAAUCCAGGAUUUUUCUUUAAAGAAGCUGCAGACUAUGCAAAAAAGAGAAAAUCUAGUGCCUAUGAUAUUUGUCAGGAUGCAAAUUUCUACCCAACUAGUGAUCCAUUAAGCCAAUGGAAUAAUAUAGAAUUUUAUGGUCAAAGGCCAUGGCGAUUAAUGAAAACUCUCAACAACUUAGAUUUUGAUACUAUAGAAGCAGAUGGUGUCCAAGCUCUAAAAUUUUAUGAAAACACAAAAGUUGAUCAUUCAAAAGCAAUCAUCAACUUUUUAGGAAAUGCAAUGAAACAAUUUAAAUAUUACAAGUGUCCUAGAAUGAGAAAUUUGUUGGCUGUACAGAUGGCUGAUGAAUAUUACAAUGCAAAAGAUUACAGCAAAGCUCUUACUUUAUGGAGUCACAUGUUGUGGGAUUACCGAGACGAAGGCUGGGAAGCAAUUGCCCAUGAAUUAGUAAACAAAUGUCUGAAAUGCGCAUAUUUAACAGCGAGUGUUCAGAAUUAUGUAGAAUUAAAUUUAGAAGCUCUGAAAUAUUACAAAAAUUUUGAUCUCCAAAAAGCUUUAAACAAUAUUGGUUCAAUCAUACAAAGAAAAAUUCCAGAACCCGAAAAAACACUUAAUGAUUAUGAGAAAAAUGUAUCCAUGGAAGAGUGGCAAAAAUGUGACUCUAUGCAAUCAAAUUCUGUUUUGGAAAUUGAUAUGUCAGUUACAAAUUCUACAGUCAAUACCAAAGUUAUUCUGAAAGAUGUUUCGUGUGAUGGCAUUGAAAUUGAUAUCUUUAUAAAAGCUGAUUUUCCUAUACUGGUACAAUUUUCAAAACUUAUAGCUUGUGUUACCUGCAUUGAUAAUACAUAUGAUGUUGAGGUCUGCACCGACAGUAGUAAACUUAUCUAUGGAGAAUCAAAAACUCAUACAUAUACUUGCAAAUUUGUGCCCUCGCCAAAUGACGUUGGAAAAGAAAUUACUGUUAAUUCUAUUAAACUGCAAUUAGGAAAUGAACCUGAUUUCCCAAUAGUUUUAAAAUUUUAUAGUUCAAUAAAGAAAACUAAAAGUUUUGAAAGAGAAAUGAAUAACUUCAGUUUGUCCAAGGCUUCUGAUGAUAAAUUUGAACGAAUCAAACAGAUUACAUCAACUACUUUAAAACCGAGAAGUUCAAGACUUGGCAUGGAAAUCAAACACAAAAAUCCAGCAUUGUUAUUGGAAUGGUAUAAAGUAUCUGUCUGUUUGACAAAUUUAGAAAAUCGACCCGUUAGUGAUGUCUGUUUAAAUUUCUCAUUGAAUCGCAACAAUAAUGAAAAAGUUGAACAUUCAACUGAAGUAUGUGAAGAUCCAGAUAAAAAUGUAUUAUCAUUGCCAGUGGAUUUUAAAUUAAAUAAUAUGCUUGUUGGAGACCAGAAAACUCAAUCUUUCUAUGUUAGAUUUUCAAGUUUAGACACUCGUUACUUUCAACUUAUGAUAAGCUAUUCAAUAGAAGAUAACAACAGAACAAAAAUUGCUUGCGUAAAAGAUGUUGAAAUCAUUAUUGAUGUGAACAUUGUAUUCGAUAUAUCAGUUACUUACAUGUCUUCCAAAUUUGAACCUGUAUCCAAGGUGUAUGUAGGUGAACCAUUAAUAGUGAUGCCGAGUAUAAAGUGUCUUUCCCCAUGGCCAAUACUUAUAGAAAAUACAUCUUUUCAAUUGGCUAAACAUGUUAAUAUUUCGGCUGGUGGUUACCAAUCAGUACUAAAUGGAGUACUUUUAGAAUCUGAUGAAUGUGCUUCAGAAGUAAUAUGUGUAACACCAUCUGAGCUUAGUGAAAAUAUUCUAGGUUGUUUCACUAUAAAUUGGAAAAGAACUGAUGUGGAAAGUGAAUGUAAGAGUGGAUAUUCAAGUAUAGAGUUACCUAAAAUUAUAGUUGAAAAAUCAACGUUUCUGGUGGAUAUGAAAUUACCAGCUCAUGGAUGGUUACAUACUCCAAUGAGUGUUGUAUACUUUUUGCAUAAUAACUCUGAAUCACUACUUACUUUAAAUGUAUCAAUGGAAGCAAAUGAAGCAUUUAUGAUGGCUGGAAACAAAGAUUUGAACGUCACAGUUUUGCCUGAAAGCACAUACAAGUUGCACUUUAAUCUCUAUCCUCUUGUUGUUGGUGUGUCAACAUUACCAAAAAUGCACAUUGGCUGUACUUCUGAACCUAAUGAUUUCAAACACAUUUUAAAUGAUGUACUAGUUAGAUCUUUACAAACACAAAUAUACAUUAUGCCCAAACAUUUGCCAAUUCAAACAAAUUAAGUUUUUAAAUAAAAACAAAGUUACUUUUAUUAAUUUUUUGUUUGUUAUGGUCGAUAUAAACAUUUUUUAUUUAAACAAACAUGCAAUUGAAUUGUAAAUUUAUUACCUUA